AUGCCCACGUGGCGGGGCCAGACACUCCCAAUGGAGGAGGUCCUGGUGCUGGUGGUGCCAAAUCGGGUGAGUGCAGAUAUAAGCACAUCGCUGGUCCUGACACGCCUAGCCCUGGCUGUGGUGGCUGUGGCGGCUGUGGCCCUGGUGGCUGUGGCAAGGGCGCAAAGGGCUGUGGAAAGGGCUGUGGAAAGGGCUGUGGGAAGGGCGGGCCUGGUCCUGGAGGACCUGGAGGACCUGGAGGACCUGGGUGUGGACCUGGACCCGGAUUUCACGGUUCCGACUACGGAUACCAGGAUUACAGCGGUGGAUGCGGCGGAUGCGGCGGAUGUGGUGGAUGUGGUGAAUGUGGUGGAUGUGGCGGUCCAGAUGGACUUUCCGACAGAGCCGAACCCGCCACCUCCACCGGCUAAAAGGGAAUUGACUGCAGCAGACGAAGAAAUUGCUGCUGCUGCCCUUGUCGCUACUGCUGGAAUGCUGAAAGCUGAAUCCGUCGGUUUGCUGCUCUCAGCAGAUGCGAUCACUGCAAUUCUUACCAUACCAUCAUCGCAUGCAUCUGAGCUGUUGGAGUCAGUCUCAGCAAAGCAUGAGCUGGCCUUGAUGCAGUCACGCUAUGUAGUGAACUUGAUUUGCAGAAGGAGUGCGGCAUUCAAUGCCUGCGCUGCGACCCUGGUGUUGGGUGGCCUGUUUUCCAUUAUAUUGAUGGAAGACAGACUGAAGCAGCUCUUCAUGCCAGUGCAGGAGGCACUUGAAGGCACGUGGUUUGCCAAGCUAUGGCUGCUGAUUUUGCUAAGCAAGGCACCGGAACCGAGCCCCUUGGUCAUUCUGCUGGCCGCGUUGGUGGUCUUUGCGCCCCCUGAAAGACUUUGGUUGAGCAUGGUGGAUUCUAUGCCAAAGUUUGCCAUACCUGGGGUUGAUCCUACUGGGCAGGCCACAAUGAUGUCCAUUCUGCUGUGGGCAACCUUUGUGGUGGUCUACUUUACCAACGGAUUUCUCUUAUACGCGGUUGAGAUGUGGUGCCCGCAGACCAUUGCUGGCUACCGCAUUCAAACUUUGAAGCCUGGCAAAUCUGGCUCGUACGUGCCUGCUGGUGCUGCCAGUUCUGUUGCUGGCUUUAUUUCCAAUGUGGCAAAGAGUGAGACUUCCAGCAGCACUUCCAGGGCCCUGGGAGAUGUUUAUUCACAUAGGCACAUUCACAAGAUCCAUCACGAGUUCAAGGCGCCAAUGGGCCUGGCGGCGAUCUACUGCCAUCCACUUGAGUUCUUCCUUUCAGAUCUGAUGCCUUUAGGAGCUGGCUUAGUAGCAGUCCGAACGAACGGCUUCACUGGUGUGGUGUGGAUGGCAUUUGCAGUGAUGGCCACGCAGACACACCAUUGCGGUAUUCGAUGGCCAUGGAUUGACCUUUUCUCAUUCCAGGCAGAGGCCCAGCCAAACUUCCAUGACUUUCAUCAUGAGCUUAGCCUGCAUUUGUGGAUUUGGAAGUGGGACCAACGCAACUUUCUGAGAGAUGAGAAGUUCAAUUUCAACUACGGAGCGAUGGGAUGGCUUGAUGACUUGCACGGGACAUCCUGGGACUGGAAGAAAGACUUCUGGGGCAGACGAGCACUGCAUGACGGGCCGAAGGCAGCGAAGGCUGCAUAG